UGUCGCGGGGGCCGGAGGAGGUGAGCCGGCUCACCGAGAGCACCUACCGGAAUGUUAUGGAACAGUUCAAUCCUGGACUGCGAAAUUUAAUAAACCUGGGAAAAAAUUACGAAAAAGCUGUUAGUGCUAUGAUCCUGGCAGGAAAAGCCUACUACGAUGGAGUGGCCAAGAUUGGUGAGAUUGCCACCGGGUCCCUCGUGUCGAUGGAGCUGGGGCAUGUUCUUAUAGAGAUUUCAAGUACACACAAGAAACUCAAUGAGAGUCUUGAUGAAAAUUUCAAGAAGUUCCAUAAAGAGAUUAUACAGGAGCUGGAGAAGAAGACAGAGCUUGAUGUAAAAUACAUGCAUGCAACUCUAAAACGAUACCAAACAGAACACAGAAACAAGUUAGUUUCUUUGGAGAAAUCUCAAGCUGAGUUGAAGAAGAUCAGAAGGAAAAGUGAAGGACGAAAUGCACUCAAAUAUGAGCACAAAGAAAUUGAGUAUGUGGAAACCGUUACUUCUCGCCAGUGUGAAAUCCAGAAAUUUAUUGCAGAUGGUUGCAAAGAAGCUCUGCUUGAGGAGAAAAGGCGCUUCUGUUUUUUGGUUGACAAACACUGCAGUUUUGCAAAUCACAUACACCGUUAUCACUUACAGUCUGCAGAAUUACUUAAUUCCAAACUGCCCUGGUGGCAGGAGACCUGUGGUGAUGCCACCAAAGUGCCAGAGAAGAUCAUGAACAUGAUAGACGAGAUAAAGACCCCAAUCUCUACCCCAAUCUCCGGAACGCCUCAGCCCUCACCAAUGAUGGAAAGAAGCAAAAUGGUUGGGAAGGAUUAUGACACCCUUUCAAAACAUCCGCCAAAGAUGCCCCCAGCUCCUUCAACCAAAGCCUAUACUAGUCCUCUGAUUGAUAUGUUUAAUAACCCAGCAACAGUUGUGCAGAAUUCAGAAAGGGUAAAUAAUUCAACAGAUUCUUCUGAGGACCCCAGCUUACAGCGAUCAGUGUCUGUUGCCACUGGACUGAACCUGAUGAAAAAGCAGAAAGUGAAAACCAUUUUUCCACACACUGCUGGCAGUAACAAGACCCUGCUUAGCUUUGCACAGGGAGACAUCAUCACGCUGCUCAUCCCCGAGGAGAAGGACGGCUGGCUUUACGGGGAGCAUGACACCACCAAGGUGAGAGGUUGGUUCCCGUCGUCAUACACAAAGUUGCUGGAAGAAGAUGCAAAGGAAGCAGCGGCUGUGCCCACGCCAAGCCCCGCACCUGUGAGGAGCAUCAGCACGGUGAACUUAGCUGAGAAAAGUAGUGUUGUCAUCCCGCCGCCAGAUUAUCUGGAGUGUGCGUCCACCAGAGCAGCUGCAGAUAAGAGAGCGGAAAUUUCCCAAAACACUUCUACCUUUAAAGCUCCGGUGUCCAGACCAGAAGCCCUACCUCCUAAUGAUGCAAAUGGGACCGCAAAACCGCCUUUUCUGAGUGGAGAAAACCCCUUUGCUACCGUGAAACUCCGACCAACAGUGACAAACGACCGGUCAGCUCCAAUCAUCCGGUGAAAAGGCGGCCGGGAGCGCUGGGCUCCUUCCUGUAAAGUCUCCCCUCAGGACAAUAGGUCGACAUCGCUGAGGACGCUGUAACUGUUGUGAUGCUUCAUCAAAGGGGGCCUGGUUUUAAAUGUAUUCUAAUCGAGCAGAUCGGUGCGUUUUCUCAGUUUCACAUAGUUGGGUUUACACAUUUCUGUCUUUGAUAAAAUAGUUUCAUGACCAACUCAUUUAAAAUUUUUUCUUCCUAUUCGGUAAAUUGAGUUCCAAUCCUUACUGUAUCAUUUUUUUUAAUGUUUUAUGAUUUUUUUUUUAAUGCCCGCCAGAAUAAGGGAUAGUUUAUGCUUGACUGGCUUUCUGCAGCCAAAUGCAAAUGAAACCAUAGUGUUCUUUAUGAAGCACGUACUCUGAAGUAGCAUUAUAUUUAUCUAAAGAAAAAUAUUGUGGAAGUUUGCAUCUUAGCAUGCAAAUCAUAAUCUUAAGCAAUAUAAAUUAUGAAGAUAUAUAAAAUUUAAUGAUUUUGUAAUUUAAAACUUUUGUUUAAUCAAGUAUGAAGCUACCCAAGAUGAACUCCCAAGCUUUCCUGCAGUUUAGACACAGCUGAGACGUUUUGCCUAGCCCUGUAGCUGUAUUUAGUGUUUAUUAUUUCCAAGACUGGGGAGUUACCAGCUGGGUUUACCAGUAAGAAGCACACCCCCGCCCCUCACCCCAAGCUGCACGUCAGAGCCUGUGCACACUGGGUGCGCUUGCUGAGCAGGGAGGUUCAGUGUCUAGGCUGAGACACUACGCACACAGCACCUGUGCUGCCAUACUGGUGGCAGGAGUGACCCUGAGGGGUGGCUGCCUUCUACCCUGGCUGCUAGCCUGUGACAAGGGCCCACUAGUGGGAAGGACUUUACUCGCCCCACUCUGAAUGAGCGGAGAAUUGUGAUUAAAAUUCACUGAGGCCACUCACUGGAGGGUAGCAGGGAGGAGGUGCCGCCUGUCUGUUGCUCACCACAGUUCCUAUGGUCUGCUGUAACCAUAGUUUUUCCUGUAAGCUUGAAAUUGGUUGAGGUCAAAUGCAGCAGUGUGUGUGAUACUCCAGGUGACUGGCCCCAGACUCCUUCCUGCUGGGUUCAGCAAUGUCACAGACUGUCUCUUCUGGGAGGGCAAACCAGGCAGACCCUACCAAGGACUAAUGACAGGGUUGUUAACGUGACCCCAGGUGGCCCAGCAGCUCCAGCACUGAGUGUACCAGCCAGGAAAGCAAACUUGGUCAGGUCUCUUCUCACCCCUUAAACAGGGUCGGGUUCACAGAAGCCACUGCUCCCAGCGGUGGUCAGGAUGAGGUAUAGGUCCUGGAAGUGUGUUAAGAAGGGGGAACGGUUGGGGGCCUUUAGCGCUCUGCUUUUGGGGAUCUUCUAGCUUUGUUACAGGUAUCUAAAAAUAGAUCCUAGGAUUACCAGAUGCAACUUGCAGACCCACUGGGCUCACCCGACCCCCGUUUUCGCCUUCACAAAAUGGAGCUUCCCUGGGUGCCUGCUGUACAGAGGCAGGGAGGGUUUGUCUUUAGGUCCUUGGCACUGAGGUGCACGCUCUGUAAAUGUCAAGGUGUUAUGUUUAAUUACAAUAAUAAAAACUUGAAAUAAGCACUUUCUCAAGCUGUAAAUGAGGAAUCUUUGGUCACCUUGGCCAGGCCAAAGCCCAUGGGGAUGGGCAAGAGGUACGAAGAGAAGUCUCAGCAGCAGGCCGAGCUCCCCGGGGUGCGUACCUGAAAGACUUGCAGGGUGCUGACAGAUGGGGUUCACGUUAAGUCCAAGAUCCUGUCUCACUGUUCCGAUACUUCCCAAAAGGCAUGAGGAGAGAGGUGUUUGUAAAAAGUCACGAGGUCGAGCAGCUUGGGCAACGCUGGCUUAACAGGAGCAGGUUUGGGACUGGCCGCCUCCGCACCUCUGGUACGUUGACGUGCCUUGUGAGCUGUCCACGUUGUCCAGCCUCUCAACUCCUGUGGUUGACAGGCCGCAUGUCCCAGAGGACCCACACUGGGAAAUGUGGUUCCCAGAAACACAGUAUGUUGCCCACCUGUUUAGGGCACUGCAUUCAAAAACAAGGCUUUUAAGACUGAACCAGUUGAACAGAAAUAUUCUUCACAAACAUGUCUCUGUCUACUGCAGCAGCAAAGCUUUUUUAAAAUUUAUAAUCCAGCUGAGGGGAGGAGCUGAAGCUCCAGAUCGGCCAUGAGUCGGUGAUGCAGAAGCUGGCAGUGGUCCGUUCUUCUAGUCCCCCUACUUGUGUGGAUGUUUAGAAUUUUCCAUGACAGACCUUUUCUUUAUACAAGUGGCAGCGUGCAAACACGGAGCAAGCAGAACCAGGUAAACAAUGGUAUGAAUUUCAUUUAUUAAAACAGUGUUCCUCACCUUUCUCAAAAUGAAGACUGCAAAAAAUAGAAGCAGUGCUUUAUUGAGUUGCCAUCACCCUGGGUUUCCAGACCUGAGCCCCGGGACCCCAG